CUCGGCUGGUGCUGGGCAACGGUGAGAAGCUUCGUUAGAGGAGGAUCUGAGAAUCGAAAGAAAAAGGGACUAAGGCUGCCAACAUGGGUUCGAUGCGUAUUCUCAUCAAGGGAGGGAAGGUGGUCAACGAUGACUUCACCCAGGAAGCAGACGUCUACAUUGAGAACGGCAUCAUUCAGCAGGUCGGAAAGGAGCUGAUGAUACCAGGCGGGGCUAAGGUGAUUGACGCCUCUGGAAAGCUGGUGUUGCCGGGCGGAAUCGACACCAGCGUGCAUCUGCAGCAGACCUUCAUGAACGCCAGCAUUCAGGAUGACUUCUACAGCGGGACCAAGGCGGCUCUGAUGGGUGGUACCACCAUGGUGAUGGCUCUGGCCCUGCCUGAACAGCACUGCUCUCUGGUGGACGCCUACGAGAACUGCCGAGCUCUGGCCGACGCCAAGGCCUGCUGCGACUACGCUCUGCAUGUCGGGGUCACCUGGUGGGGGCCGAAGGUGCGCAGUGAGAUGGAGACCCUGGUGAGGGAGCACGGCGUGAACUCCUUCCAGAUGUACAUGGCCUACAAAGACACGAUGAUGCUGAGGGACUCGGAGCUCUACCAGUCGCUGCAGACCUGUAAGGACAUCGGGGCCAUCGCUCGCGUCCACGCCGAGAACGGAGAGCUGGUGGCGGAGGGUGCCAAAGAGGCUCUGGAGCUGGGCAUCAGUGGACCGGAGGGGAUUGAGAUCAGUCGACCAGAGGAGCUGGAAUCUGAGGCUACCCACAGGGCUGUCACCAUCGCCAACAGGGCUCACUGCCCGAUCUACCUGGUGAAUGUGUCCAGUAUGUCUGCUGGAGACAUGAUUGCUGCUGCUAAGAUGCAAGGUAAGGUGGUCCACGCAGAGACCACAGUAGCUCACGCUGUUCUGAACGGGAUGCAUUACUACCACCAGGACUGGACUCAUGCUGCCGCCCACGUCAUCGUCCCUCCUCUCCGCAUCGACCCUAACACACCCAGCUACCUCAUGGGCCUGCUGGGCAAUGACUCUCUGAGCGUGGUGGCAUCAGAGCACCGUCCAUUCAGCACCAAGCAGAGAGCUCUGGGUAAGGAGGACUUCACAAAGAUCCCACAUGGGAUGGCUGGAGUCCAGGACAGGAUGAGUGUCAUCUGGGAGAGGGGAGUGGUCACAGGGAAGAUGGAUGAGAAUCGUUUUGUGGCGGUGACAAGCUCUAACGCUGCAAAGAUCUACAACCUGUACCCACGCAAGGGUCGUAUCAUCCCCGGAGCUGAUGCUGAUCUGGUGGUCUGGGACCCCGAUGCAACCAGGACGAUCUCUGUGACCACUCAGGUGCAGGGCGGAGACUUCAACAUGUACGAGGGGCUGCGCUGCCACGGCGUCCCCCUGGUCACCAUCAGCCGAGGUCGCCUGGUGUGUGAGAACGGAGUGUUCAUGUGUGCCGAGGGAUCUGGAAAGUACUACCCUCAGCGCACCUUCCCUGACUACCUCUACAAGAAGAUGGUGCAAAGGGAAAAGACUCAGGCGAUUAAAGGGGUUGACAGGGACCCCUACUCUGGAGAUGUAGCGAAGGUGACAAACUCCAUGAAGAAGGAUCUUGGUCUGGGCCCCAUAGAUGGAGACGCCGCCAACAAAGGCUGCCCCCGCGCCCACCAGGGGGUCCGAGACCUCCAUGAGUCCUCCUUCAGCCUCUCAGGGUCUCAGGUGGACGACCACGUCCCGAAGAGGUCCUCGGCUCGGAUCCUGGCCCCCCCCGGCGGUCGCUCCAGUGGUAUCUGGUAAACGCUGCAGCUGGGGCUUCACCCGUCCGAGUCUCCUUGUUUUGUAUUAUUCUACGCAACCAGGAAAACUGCACUGAUUUUCAAUCACAGGAUCAAAGUUAAGAGAGGAAAAUAAAUCAAGCACACGUCUGUGAUUGGGGAAGACCUAACUGACGGUGCGCCAAAGUGACUUUUACAAAACUAAUUUGUGUCUUAAUUGGAGUGACUGACCUGAUUAUUUACAAGAGAGUGAAGGGCUAUAUAUGAAUUUAAAAUGUGUUGCCAAAUUCAAGCUGAUCAUACUAACUUUAAAGUGUGCUCAUUAUCACCCUGCUCGUAUCCCGCGGAGAAACGCAAACUAAACAAACUGUGAAAGAUAAAAAACCAGUACAGUUUUUGAUGGUUUGAAAUGAUGUCGACUGAAUUAUUUAAACAUUUUAACCGGAUUCAGUGAAGUAUCUAUCACACACAUACAGUCCACGGUAGGCACCAUAGCUUUAGACUCACAUGAAGACGUGUAUGGAUUCUGUUUGUGAUUUAACACCCACUGUGCUCGGCUUCCUGCUGGACCGCGGGUUCCUCUGACAGUGUUUUUAUUUCCAACGGGAGAUCUGUGCUGUGUGGUGAUGAAGUCCAACUGCUUCAAAAACACUGUGUGAUUUUUCAGCCCCACUAUCUAAUAAUAUCCAUCCGUUUAUUUCCAUUACCUCUGACUGAGACAACACUCACAUGACCCAGAAACAUCCUGCCUCACCUGCAACAUAGCAGGUCUUUAUAGACUGAGUUACAGUAGUGUUGUAGUCUUUUCUGUCAGUAUAAACUGUGCAAAGACUUGGCUGAAGGAACGAUAAAGAGGAAGUGAUUUAGAGGGAAAAACAAGAAGGAAAGCGUUCUGUUAUUUUGCUGCUGAUACUGAACAUAACAUUGAGGCUUGAAAUGAUUUGAAUACAUUUGAAUGCAGUGCCUUCUCAUUUACCAGAGAGAUUACUGUCUGAGGGAAAGGACUAGCUGCUAAAAACACCAGGGGCCUCAUCUGUGUCAUUGCCUAUAGACAUAAGAAAGAAUAUAGUUAAUGAACAGGAAUGGAAAACAGAGAGUUAAAGAUUGAGUAGUAAAGUUUCCUUCAGUCAAUCUGAUUCUCUACGUUAGCACUGUUUACGUACAAAAUCAUCUGAACGCACAGCUAAUAAAUGAGGCCCCAGAUUGCACGUAGAGGGCCCCGAAAUCCACUCUUGGGUAACCGCAAGAGUGGAUUUUAUGUGGUUGAGUUUCAGUCGUAUCUAGAGGAUAUUGAGAGUAGACUUCCUGUUUGUAGGUAAAUAAAAGGGAAUUUCUUGUUUCAGAGCAGGGAGUGUCCACAGAGCAAGAAGAUUGAGCUGCACAGUCUGAAGAAAACUCCUCCACUCAUUCCUGCCUAUCAGUAUUAUAUUUAUACAUGAUCACCUCUUGUCUGUGAACUAUAUACUUAGGAUGUUUGUUUUGUUUUUUAGUUGAAAGAAUAAAUGUGCCAAUGUGAAUCACUCGUGCGACACCCACACCCAUGCAUGAAGAGCACCAUGUGGAGACAGAGCAGUAAAUCUCUCGUAGGCUCACAACAACUGGUGCUGUUUUUUUACUUUAACCUAUACAACUACGUUAUUUUACUGUUGGAUGGAUUUGUUGUUUUGAAGGCACUGUGACUGGUCGAUGGCUGUGUGUGUUUGUAGGUUUUGUCGUGUCGGACAGUGAAACUGUUGAAUCUGUAAGUGGCUGCUUGUUUCUUACCACACGAAUAAAGAGAGAAAAAUAACACCUCA